AGUUAGAGUUGGUAAACUGGUCGAGCUCGCGCGCGAGGAAGAUCCGAGUGCGUUGUCAGGGUGUCGUACAGAAGACGCGUUCUCGACGCGAAAUCGACAAGUUUCUCAAGAGGAAGAGUUUAUUGUUCCCUCUGUGAUCGUGAUAAGUAUUAGCCGCAGCGAAGCGACAAUGUCCGUGAUUAUGGAUUGUUAUCGUCAGUAGCGGGCGCUACGCGGGCUGAAGCACUGUCUUCUCGACAUACAUAUAUAUAUAUCUCCCUCUCUCUCGCACUUUUUCCUUCGAGUGAGAAGAAAGCACAGCCCGAGGUUGAAAUCUGACGUCUCCUGUCAAUCCGAAUAACACCGCGAGAAGUUGUCCUUCCGCCUGUGUGUGUGGUGUGCGUUUGUUCGCGCGCGGCCUUCGCCGGAGAGACGAUAAUUUUUAUUCCGGAGUUCAGUAAUCCACAGUAAUCUUAAAGCGCACCUUUGUUUAUCGGCAGAUUCGUCGCGUCUCGCGUCGCGUCAUCGUUUAGUCUCUUGCUCUCUCCCGUGUUGCUCUGUUUCGCUCUUUUAUUCAGCUCCUAUCAAGCGGGCCAGUGCACGUAAAGGACCUAAUACUCACCUCUGUGUACUCCUCGGGGAGUGAAGGGCCUUGAUCUCGCGUUCGAUAAAACCCGCUCUGGAACUCGAUCACCUUCCCUCAAAUCCUUAACUAGCUAUCUGUAAUGUGCAAGUACAGCAAGGAAGCCGGGAAGACCACUACGUCGACAAUUAAUCUCGUCCACUCGAAAAGGAAAGGAAUUUUCAUACACAUAAAAGAAAUGUUCAACAACCCGAUAAGUCAAAGAAGUUAUAGAAGCUUCUUGACGUUUCGCUUGUACUGAACGGCCUAGACCUUGAGAAUCUGAGCAAAACGUAUCUAGAAUCGCCUGAACAGCGAAUGACAAGAACCUCCAAGGGUCACGAGAUGUCAACGCUGUAAGUCAGGUAGCUCAAUUGACGGGGGAGAUACAAACACAACGGCAGUUUCAAGCCCUCCAAGAGCCACAGUUUACAGCGUAAUUAGAAAGACCGCCGUCAUCAGCAGGAUGAAGUUGCUAGAGAAUACACAUUUGGAAGCUAUAAACAGUGCCUUGUCCAUCAAGACCGGAGAUAGCAAGAUAAUCGGAAGGAUUGAGAGUUACUCCUGCAAAAUGACAGCCAACGAUAAACAAAUGUACAAACGGUACAACGCUGAGCAAGGAGGUACACCGCACGAUUUACAAGCUUUAUCACCACCGCAGACAUCUUUAGGAACGUCUCCGGCUCAAGGAUGUUUGAGUCAUAGCGUUUCCGGUGAUGAAGAGGGUCCAUUGUGCGACACGAUCAGCAAAAAAACGUUAUUUUAUCUGAUCGCCACAUUGAAUUCAACCUUUAAUCCGGAUUACGACUUCUCAGACGCUAAGAGCCACGAGUUCAGCAAGGAGCCAAGCCUACAAUGGGUAAUGAACGCAGUGGAUGGUAAUCUCAACGCUACUGCGGGCGAUCAUUAUCGAUCAUUACGUUCCGCUCUUUGGGCGGCUGUUGAUAAAGAGAUAUCAUUGCAAGGGUGUGAUAUUUACAGUUACAAUCCAGACUUCGCGUCAGAUCCUUUUGGGGAAGACGGAUGUCUGUGGUCCUUCAAUUAUUUCUUCUACAACAAAAAACUGAAGCGCAUUGUAUUUUUCACGUGCAGAGCGAUAAACCCUCUUUACGUGCCGGAUUCUGGAGUAGACUUCGCUAUGGAUGAAGAUGACGAAGACGUUACAAAGUUAAGCAGACUGAAAAUAACUAGUGAUUCCGACGAGUUUAUCCAUUCUAUUUCUUAUCAUGCUGGCACGUGUUUAAUGCUCAACGUUCGAGCGUACGUCAGUGUCGUCAGUGCACUUCUAUCCGAAUGUUUAGCGGUAUUCCGCGAGCAUCAGCGAGUAAUUGUCGGAUUAACUAAGUCUGUUUUGAGAACCCUCAAUAUGCUUCGGUUCUUGAUCAGUCUGAGUAUUGGAGUAUAUGCCGGAAUAUACAUAGCCCAAAAUUAUGAGGUGCCACGAGUGGAUGAACCAGCAAAACUGUACCAGCGAGUAAUUCAGUUUCUAGAUGAGAAUAAAAAAAAACCAUAGCGUAAUCACAGCAAUGUAUAUUUCUAAAACCACUUCCAAUACUAGAAGACAGAUAUGCCAUUAUUGAUAUAUGAUGUAAACGUAAUAUAUAACUCUCAAGGAAACAUCGACAUAUACCUGUGUGUGUAUAUAUAUGUAUACGUAUUCAAUACAAUGUACAAAGACAAGUCACUCUUAUUUUUCCAUAUGUUUAUUUUAAUAAACAAUAUUUAAACGUA